AUGGAUGAAUACGAAGUGAAUCAUACCGAGGGAGAAAACAGUCCAGCCGAUUUGAAUGACGAUCGAUUCAGUGACGAUGAGCUACCACCUCCUUCAGUGGUGGAUGGAAAAAAGGUGAUUAAUGGAGGCAGUGGACCUGCUGACGAUGAUAUACUUAAAAUCGGAGUGAGACCAACACCUCAUGCUGUGCCUAAAGAUCAAAGAAUAACAACACCUUACAUGACGAAAUAUGAAAGGGCCAGGAUAUUGGGAACAAGAGCAUUACAAAUCGCCAUGAAUGCGCCGGUUCUAGUCGAUAUAGAAGGAGAGACAGACCCUCUUCAAAUAGCACAGAAGGAAUUGUCACAAAAGAAGAUCCCCCUUAUUGUCAGGCGGUAUCUCCCCGAUAACUCCUAUGAGGAUUGGAGUGUUGAUGAAUUGAUUAUUGAUUGA